AUGGGUGAAAACACCAUCACGAAGCCUCUCGGGCUAGUUUUCAUCAUCACAGCUCACAUGGUGUUCAACGACCCCAGCCAUGCGCAAGUCAUCGGGAUCUUUGGCAGCAACAUCACCCUUCAAUUUACAUUUAAUGUUAGCAUUAAUGAAAACAGUCAAAUUGGAAUUUAUAUAACAGGCGAGAAAAAGAUUGACGAUUUUAAAAGUGGGAAAGGUUCCUUUGUUAUUUACCCCCAAAACAAUUCUGUAUUUUACCACAUCACAAAUCUCACUCAAAACCACACGAACACCUACUGGGCCAGUUUAUUUGUGGACAACCUAAGAAAAAGUAAUGAAGUGAAGCUGACUGUUGAAGAAAGGAACAUAAGCUGUACAGCUCCACCGCCGUCGACUAAACCCACAGAUCGUGUCAAUGAACCUCCCAGUUCCAUCAAUAACAUCAUCAUCAUCUUCGCGGUUAUACCUGUGGUCCUGUUGGCAACAGUACUCCCAUGGUUGAUCUGUAGUCUCGUGAGACCCAAAGAGGCGGGAUCAGGAGGUGAUGCUAAGCCUAGCUUAGCAUUAAACAAACAACAGCAACAACAACAAAGCCCGCAAAGCUCCACUCCCACAGUGCAGGAAUCAGUGGCGUCGUUGAGCAGCGUGUCUGCACCCUCGGUGAUCUACAGCGUCUUGGACUUCCCCAAAAGACCUCCGACAAUUGUUGAGAUCAACCCAAGAGAUACAGAGUAUGCUGCCGUCAGCUAUCUCGCAGAAAAGAGACACAUGUGA